AUGCAUAUUGGUGCCAACGAUUUGGGCCAGAAUGGAAUAUCUUCUGAGAAAUUCCGGAUCCAUUCAACUUCUUCACCGUUCAUGUCUAAAGCUAUGAACUUAGACUCCAUUGUGGAGCGGGAGAUACAAGUUUGUUUGGGCGAUUUCCAAGACAAUGCACCUCCACCAAUGAUAAAAACAUAUCCACUUGUGGAUUUUAUUUCAGUUGAUCUAGCUGUUAGUGCUUUAGUUCCUAAUCUUUCAUUCAAAUACAGCGAAGAAGUAAGAAUGGCCGCCGUUCCUGCAAUGCAAUUACUGCUGUAUUCAGCUGCUUGUGCUAUGAAUAAAGGGCUUCCUAUAACAGGUUGUGACAAGUCCCCAGUUAAAGAGAUAUCUAACACUAUAAUCACAGAUUUGCUUGAUGGGUUAAAGAAGGAGUCAAACAUACAAAUUCAAGCAAGACUGUUGGAGGCAUUCGACAAAAGCAUUCAGAUUCUCGGUUCACAUUUAAGUAAACACCAAGCUGCAAAAUUUCUUGAUGGCAUAUCAAAGGCUCUCUCAACUUGCUCAUACGACAUAACAGAAAGAGAGAAAAGAGUUAAGGCGCGCAAUGAUUUAAGGGAGCAGGAACUACUUAAGGAGGAAGCUAAGCAACAAUUAACUAUAUGUAGAAAAAUUGGCAUCUGCCUGGGAACUAUGGUGAAAAAACUCAAGCCAUCAUUCUUACCCCUUCUUGACAAGUUUUUGCCUAAUGUAUCACUUAUGUGGAGUAAAGAUAGAACAUCAGAUGAAAGAAGAAUUCCAGUGCACCUUUUCUGUGAUAUUGCUGAGAAGUACUAUGAGGACUGGACACCUCUCCUGCCUAGAGUUUACUAUCAUAAGAAUCCAGAUGUUCCACAGAUAGUGGCAACUGUAAUUGGUAUUUGUGCUGAAUACGGAGCAGAUUUCCUUAAGCCUUAUACUACAGUAAUAUCCGAUCAUUUAAAAACUGUAAUGGAGCAUCCUAAUGCAAAACACCUGGAUAACAUCACGGCUUAUGAGGCUGCUGUUUCUACCUGUGGCAAGCUAAUCCAACCUACUAUAAAUUUUCUCGUCUUUGAUGAUUUACGGAACUGUUUUACAUGGCAGUUUAUCUUGCUUUGGCUUAGCCACUUACCAACAAGGUGUAAUCUGGAUGAGGCGAAAAUCAGUCACGAACUACUUUGUUCAAUGAUGGAGACGUCAGAACAGAAAGUUAUUGGCCCUGACGGAUCUUAUAUACCGAAUAUGAUAACACUUUUUGCUGAGGUUUUAUGGGCAGGGAACAACUUGGCCACUGAUGAAACUACGAGUGGAAUUAUCAAACUAUUUUGA